AUGCAGGACUUUCAAGCACAUUUUGGCUAUGAUAACCUGGUUACGGUGGAUCCCAUUGGUAGAAGUGGGGGCUUAGCCCUGUACUAUAAUAAUGAAUUUGAGGUCACAAUCUCCUACACAAGUAAUAGGAUGAUAGAUGUGGAAGCAGCGGCUCUUGGAAGAAGAGUUUACAUCACUUUUGUUUACGGGGAUCCAGUACAGGAAUUAAGGGAACAUGUAUGGGAAAGGUUAACUCAGUUUGGGCUUGCGCGCUCUGAACCUUGGUUUGUUAUAGGUGAUCUCAAUGAGAUCACUGGUAAUCAUGAAAAGGAUGGAGGGGCGAUGAGGAACCCUGAUUCUUUCGUUCCUUUUAAUACUAUGAUUCGGAAUAGUGGACUAUUAGAAUUCCCAGCACGUGGGAAUAAAUUGUCCUGGCAAGGACGGAGGGGUAAGGGAGUGGGUGCAGUGAUGGUUCGCUGUCGAUUGGAUCGGGCCCUGGCCAAUGAGGAAUGGCACACUCUAUUCCCAUGUUCAUACACGGAAUACCUCCGUAUGGUGGCAUCGGAUCAUCGACCGGUAGUGGCUUAUCUGGAGGACAAAGUAGUGAGGAGAAAAGGACAGUUUAAGUUUGACAAACGUUGGAUCGGACAGGAUGGCUUAUUAGAGGCUAUCACCUCCGGCUGGAAGGAACAAAAUAGUUCCCAACCAGAACCUUUUGUCACAAAGAUUAGCAACUGUAGACAUGAAAUCGCACAAUGGAGAAAGGACAAUCCCCCUUUCGGAAAGGAUAAAAUAAAUGAGCUACAAAAAGCUCUGGAGGAGGUUCAGAUGGAUAAUAACAGGUCACAGGAGGAUAUCCUGGAGGUCUCUAGGAAGUUACAAGAGGCAUACAGGGAUGAGGAGGACUAUUGGUUUCAAAAAAGUAGGAAUAUGUGGUAUUCAUCUGGGGACCGCAAUACAAAAUUUUAUCAUGCAUUGACAAGGCAACGUCGGGUGAGAAAUAGAAUUGUUGGACUACAUGAUGCUGAUGGUAACUGGAUAACGGAUGAUGAGGGAGUGGAGAAGGUAGCAGUGAAUUACUUUGAUGAGCUGUUCACUACUACCUCUCCAACGGCUUUUGACAAUUUUUUAUCAGAAAUACAACCAUCUAUCUCUACGCAGACCAAUGGGUGGUUAUUAAAACCGGCCACUGAAGAAGAGAUACGUCAAGCCCUGUUUAUGAUGCACCCAGGCAAAGCCCCAUGCCCUGAUGGAAUGACUGCAUUAUUCUUUCAACAUUCAUGGCACAUCAUUAAGACAAAUUUGGUGGAGUUGGUAUUAUGCCAACGGCUGAAGAUAUGUUUACCAUCGCUUAUAUCAGAAACUCAAUCAGCCUUUGUGGCAGGACGCCUAAUCUCGGAUAAUAUCCUUAUAGCACAGGAAAUGUUUCAUGGUUUGAGGGCCAACAAGGCAUGUCAAGGUAAAUUUAUGGCCAUCAAGACAGAUAUGAGUAAGGCGUAUGACAGGCUUGAAUGGGAUUUUAUCCAGGCAAUCUUGCUGAAGAUGGGAUUUGAUACUCAUUGGGUCAAACUUAUGAUGGCCUGUAUAUCAUCGGUUCAAUAUAGAAUAUUACUCAAUGGUCAACCAAGGGGUCUUAUUAUCCCACAAAGAGGCUUAAGACAGGGAGAUACGUUAUCCCCCUAUUUAUUUAUAUUAUGCACAGAGACGCUCAUUGCGAAUAUUAAAAAAGCGGAACGGGAGAAACAGUUGACUGGGAUGAAGGUGGCUCGCGCUUGUCCUUCGAUAUCUCACCUCCUCUUUGCAGAUGACAGUCUCUUCUUCUGCAAAGCACAAGAGGCAGAGUGUCAAACUAUUCUCAGGAUCCUCCAGGAUUAUGCUGCAGUAUCUGGACAAUUGAUUAAUUUCCAAAAAUCGUCCAUUCAGUUUGGACAUAAGAUUGAGGAUUCAAAACGACAGAUGAUGCGGGAUAUCUUAGGAAUACAGAAUGUUGGUGGUAUGGGUACUUACUUGGGUCUCCCAGAAAAUAUGGGUGGAUCAAAGAUUCAAAUUUUCGGAUUCGUACAGGAUAGAGUAAGCUCUCGAGUUAAUGGAUGGGCUUUUCGGUAUUUUACUAAGGGGGGAAAGGAGGUAGUAAUUAAAUCGGUAGUCACUGCGAUGCCGAAUCAUGUGAUGUCGUGUUACCGCUUGCCCAAAGCAAAUACGAAGAAAAUUACCAGUGUUGUGGCUAGAUUUUGGUGGAGCCCUGGGGGAAGCACAAGAGGUAUGCACUGGAAAUCAUGGGAUAAAGUUUGUGCGCCUAAGGAACAGGGUGGUUUGGGUUUUAAGGAUAUAACGGAUUUUAAUACAACAAUGCUGGGUAAACAGUUAUGGCGACUCAUUGAAAAGCCGAACACGUUAUUUGCCCGUGUGUUUAAGGGUCGGUACUACAGGAAUGCAUCACCCCUGGAUCCGAUUCGCUCCUACUCCCCAUCCUAUGGGUGGAGGAGUAUUAUUUCCGCUAGAUCUCUGGUUAUCAGGUGGAGCGGGUAUACCCAGAUCAACAAUCUCAGGCAGAAACCUACGGACCCACGGCAAGAGGGAUGCAAGGAGAUAUCUGUUGCGCUCGAUGUGGUGCUCCAGAGGAAUCUAUAA